AUGGAAUUUGAAGAUAAUUUUAAUUUAAGUUUUAUUAAUGAGAGAAUGAUGCAUUCCAACUAUUUUAAUAAAGAUAACAAUAUCAACAAUGGAAGACCCAUUCACCAACAACCAAAUCGAUACCAUCCAUACCAAUUGGUAAAGCCACAGGCCAUCCAAUAUUUACAAAUUCCAAUCAACAACCAAAAUAACAACACUAUCUAUAUCAAUAAUAAUAAUACAAACAAUCAUAACAACCUAAAUAGUAGUGGUAACAACAACAUUUACAGUUCAUCAUCUCCAAUAUUUUCACCAAUGAGCCCGUACCAAUCCUCUCCAUAUUCUUCACCAUUCCCAUCACCCAAAGGUGCAGUUCCACCCCAACUUUUCCUCUGUUCCACACCCAACGCCAACCACAAUCUUGAAAGAUCCUCAUCAUCACCAGCAACCAUUGUUUCUCCACCACCAAUUCAAAUUGAGAAUAAAUCAAAUAGCAAUGUUGAAAACUCCAAUAAUAAUAAUAAUAAUAAUAAUAGUAACAAUUCCAAUUCCAAUUCCAACAAUUCCAAUUCAAAAGGAUUCUAUGGAAUGACCAGUAAAUUAUUACAAUUGUGUCAAUCGAUUGACGGUGAACGUGGAGUAUCGAAAGAGAAAACAAGAAUGUUGACAGAGUUACACGAUGAAUUGGAUUUGAUAAUCAAGAAAAUCAAUAAGGUCAAGAAGAACAAGUUGCCAUAUCCACCAUUACCAAGCGACGAUCCCAAUAAAUCAUUUAUCGAUUUGCGCCCACGCCGCAACAGAAAGUGUAAAUUGACACACAAGGAGAACGAAGACAACAUUCAGUGCCAACGAUGUGGCACCAAGGAUACUCCAGAGUGGCGCAAGGGUCCAGAUGGAUGCAAAUCACUUUGCAACGCUUGUGGACUCUACUAUGCAAAGACAAAGAAACGUGAACAAGAACAAAGCUAUCAAACAUCAUCCUCACCAUUACAACAAUCAGAACAAGAAACACAAUUUUUUAAAGAACAACAAAAUCAACAACAAUCACCACAACAACAACAAAAAUCAAAUUUAAAUAGCUCAGUUUCAAAUACCUCGAUAAUUAGUAUAAGUAGUUUAAUUAAUAAUUAA